AUGGCGUGCAUUGUGGCCUAUGAUAGUCAUUUGAGCCUAUUACAUAAGUAUUUGCAACAAGCAGAAAUGGAAUCGAAUGGGCACUUAUGGUUGGAAAAGAACUGGAUGGCAAUACCCCUGAUUGGCUUAAGUUUAAAGUUUGGUGUACAAUUGGGUAAAAAGCUGGCUAUGGAAAUAUAUGAAAACAAAGGUGAAAUGGAUGAGAGUACAAAAAAUCUAUUGAAGGAGAUCAAUUAUUAA